AGUUGGCGUUUGGUGUUGGCGCAGAAUGGAGUUUUGAGCGAUCAAAUUGCGAAAAGUGUUUCAAGUUUUUUGAUUUUUUUUACGGUAUAAUUGAGUUGAAAUGUUAAUAAAUCGUUUUAAGUUUGUGCUUGUCACAAUUGCUAUAUUGCUCGCCAUCUUGCCGCGCAGUGAAGCUUUCGUAACGCGCCUAAUAACGGAGACUCUGCAGAAUAAUGUAGCUGGUGAGCCCAUAACGCAUGUGCGCACCGAAUGGGAUUUCGAUCCGGAAGUGAGCCAGAAACGACGCGCGCUCUUCUAUGAGACCCAUGGUUAUCGUGCUGCCAAAUUUAUCGAACGCAUCGGCUUGGGACUCGAUGGCCAUGAAGAGGAACGACGGGCGGAGCAGCAGGCACGCGAUGUUGGGCGUCUCAAUGGUGAACAUAACAUCAACUUUCCGCCAGAACCGCAUGCGUAGUGUGCGCAUGGAAGGAAGGAAGGAAUGAUGGGGGAGGUGGAAGUUUUGUAUCUAAUACAGAAAUUUAAUAUUAAAUAGCAACUCGUUAAGCGUUAAUCAUUAAGUUAAAUAAAAAAGUGAAGAAGUCAGUAAAUCCAGUCUGCGAGUAGCUGAAUUCUUGAAUGUCACUCGAAUGCGACUGAAUACGCAGGCAAAGAAUACAGUCGCUUU